GUCUACGUGGUAUAAAUUAAAAGAUGAUGGACACAUUCAGACAAUACGCGCACCUUUGGCAUGCCGUGCAUUUACAUGCCGGCCAUAUUUUACCAGUCUGGCGCGUUGGUGACUGCACUUUUGUGGGUCGUGUACGGCGUCAUAUCGAUCUACGUUAAUUUGCUGAUUAUACAGGGCAUGAAGCUGAUCAAAGGGAACGAGGACUAUCGGUUGUCGAUCGAGUAUGUGGGGCUGUUCAAGGAGCUGUUUGGCCGCAAGGCCUUUAUUGCGUUCGAGUGCGUCUAUCUGGCGUGCUUGCUUUGUUGUAACAUCUACAUGAUUAGAACGACGAGCCAGACGGUGGAUGACGUCAUCAGGUGGAUAGUCGGGUGUCCGGAUUGCACUUUUGGGGUUGCGCUUUACCCGGCAUUCAGCGCGGGUCGGCUUGACAUGAGUCAGGUGUACAACAGAGGCAGUAUGUACAUUAGUAUUACGUUGGGAUACGUGAUCGUGUCUUUGGUGCAGAUUCUGAUGGGGAUGCUUCAGUUCGGCGCGUUUACGGUUAUUCAGUCAUUCGGCGUCUUGCUCGUCGCGCCGGUGUCGGUCGUGGCUCUUGUCUACGAGUUUGGCAGGGUGGGAAUCAACAAGGCGGUGCCGCUGGUGGGCAGGGACUUCAGCUCCACGGUUUCGAUGAUCGCCUUCAGCUUGGCGAUCGGUGGAUUCAUGCCCGCCUGGGUCAACCAGAAGCGCUCCUACGUCGACGAGAAGAGGGUCGUGUUUGGCGUGUCUCUGGUGUCGAUGGUUUUGAACAUAGUGUUUCCCUUGUUGGCCGUCUACGCGUACGGAGAAAGUUUGGCCUCCAACAUUAGUCUGUUCGACCAUGUACUGAAAACGACCGACUCGGUUUUUGUUCGCUGUAUGAUUUAUUUGUUCGAGGUGACUUUGGUGGCUUCCCUCACGCCCAUCAACAGCAUCACACUCAAGAACAAUUUGUUCACGGAGAGCGGCUUGGGCAGAAAGCUUUCAAUCUUUUUCGGCGUUUUUUUCCAGUACCUGAUAUCCUGGGCGUUUUUGAAGGAGAACAUACUGAUGACUUUGAUACAAUACGUGACCCUGUUGUUGGUGAGCUUCGUCGGUUUCUUCUUUCCCAUCAUGAUUUACUACCGGAGUCAGUCGAUGUACUCGAAGGAUGGGAACGUGCCGGAGAGCAUGUCGACGGUCUGGCCCGGUUGGGUCGUCAGGCAAUACAGGGUGGUGACGACGGCCGUGUCGGUCUUCCUGGGGGCGUCCAUACUGGGACAGCUCUUGUACGAUUUGUACGUCAUGGUGGUGCUGAAGAGGCUGUAG